GGGGGGCGUGAAUGUCUCAAGACCUUUUGUUGCCCCUUCGCAAUUGCUGGGCCGAAGCGUAGAGGUUAAAGAGCGGGUAAAUACACCGAGGAUGGCGGAAGAAGAAGCCGGUCAGGAGACAAACCUCGGGGCCUACUCGCCGGUAGACUACAUGAGUAUCACCAGCUUCCCCCGGCUUCCCGAGGACGAUACCGGCUCCACCGACAAUGUGCUGCGAUACCGCAAAGACGAUGACUCGUCCCUCUGUGACCCGGACACCGCAGAUCCGGACCUGUUCUUGAAAUCAGCUCGCCUACAACGUCUACCCUCCUCCUCCUCUGAGAUGGGUAGUCAGGAGAUGUCUCCCCUGCGUGUGACCAACAAGGACCCUUUCUCUGGUGACUGUGCCUGUCGCCAGGAUGGUCUGACUGUUAUCAUCACUGCCUGCUUAACAUUUGCGACUGGAGUCACUGUGGCCUUGAUAAUGCAGAUCUACUUUGGAGACCCACAGAUCUUUCACCAAGGUGCAGUAGUUACAGAUGUGGCCCAUUGCUCCACAGCUGGUACCGAAAUACUGAAUCGUGAUGGCUCUUCGGUGGAUGCAGCUAUUGUGUCUGCAUUAUGCUUAGGAAUAAUCCACCCCCACAGCUCUGGAAUUGGAGGGGGUGGUGUCAUGUUAGUUCAUGAUAUCAGGAAGAAUGAAAGCUUUGUCAUUGAUUUCCGAGAGACAGCUCCAGCAGAGGUUGAAGAACAGAUGUUUGCACAUAAUUGGGAGGACAAGCCUGGUCUCUUGGUAGCUGUCCCAGGAAUGAUGCAAGGAUUGCAUCAGGCCCAUCAACUCUAUGGCAGAGUCUCCUGGUCUGAGUUGAUGGCUGCAGCAGCGAAAAUUGCACGAGACGGUUUUAAUGUGACUCAAGAACUUGCUAAAGCGAUCAAUCAAGUUAAGGACACCAAUAUGUCAGAUACUUUCCGUGAAACCUUCCUGCCACAGGGGCAACCGUUACAUCCAGGAGCUUUCAUGAAACGUUUGGACUUGGCAGCAAUUUUCAGCGCUGUUGGUUUCGGGGGCGUUUCAGCAUUUUACAGUGGAAAUGUAACAGAGGAGAUGGCUUCUGAGGUUCAGAGUAGAGGUGGAGUGCUGUCUUUGGAGGAUUUUGCUAAUUACAGCGUGAUUGUUGAGAAGCCUGUUGAAGGAUCAUACCAAGGUCACUUUGUGCUCUCUGCUCCAGCCCCACAUGCAGGACCUGCACUUAUUGCAGCCCUCAACAUUUUGGAAGGAUUUAAUAUUACAGCCCAGGCAACCAGGAAUCUAACCUAUCACUUACUCACUGAGUCACUGAAAAUCGCUCUAGCCUUGGCCAGCAGCCUUAGUGACCCUUUCUUUAAUUCCACCGUUACUCAACUGAUUGAGCAGAUGCUCAGCAAAUCAGAAGCCAGAAUUCUGCAUCAGCUGAUUAAUGACAGUGUGGCGUUCCCUCCUGCUCGCUAUUUGCCUUUCUACUCUUUGGAGACUGGUUCUUCUACAAGCCAAGUGCAUGUCAUUGGACCUGAUGACUUCAUUGUUUCUGUUGUGAGCUCCUUGAACCGUCCAUUUGGCAGUGGGAUCAUGACAGCCUCUGGGGUUCUUCUGAACAGCCAGAUGUUGGACUUCUCCUGGCCGAGCAAAGCACAGGACAACUCCACAGCGAAUCUUAGGAACAGUAUUCAAGCUGGCAAAAGGCCUUUGUCUUUUUUGUUACCCACAAUCGUACGGCCGUUACGAGGGAUGUGUGGGACGUACCUGGCUCUUGGAGCGUCUGGUGGAACAAACACUCUGAGUAGCCUUGCUGAAGUCUUGUUGAACAUUUUCUCAUUUCGCAAGCAUCUGAAUGAAAGCCUUGCUCUUAGCCGUUUCUAUCCGCAGCUUCAGCCAAAUGUUUUACUGGUUGAGAAUGAGUUCCCAGAGGAGGAAGUGGAGUUUCUUGCAGAGCGAGGUCACAUAGUGGUGAGAGAAGAGAUUCACUCCUUGGUCCAUGUAGCCAGGAGGAUAAAUGACUUCUUCACAGGGGCCAAGGAUCCAAGAAGCAGUGAUGCAGCUGCAGCUGUCAUUUUGUAGCCAGAAUUUUUCACCCGUGAUGGUUUAUUUCUCUCUUCUUUUUUUACCCUUUUUUUACUUUUGAUUCACCGUGAAGUUGCAGAGUGCAAGUCGAAGGUUAAACACAGAAUGUAACAGUCUGGGCCCAGUGACAAGAUAAGUAACAUUCUGGGGGAGCUGUGAGUGGAUUCCUGAGUUUGGUUAUCGUUGAUGUUUUAUCUGGAGGUGGCCUGACUCCCACUGUUUGUCCAGGUUCUUGUGAUUUAGAGCAGAUAAGAUGAUUUACAAUGCACAUUUUAUCUUGGAACCAAAGCAUGCUGCAGAUUUAAUCUGUGACACCACAGUUGUCCCCACCACCAACUUCUUUAUUUACAGUGAUACAGUUAAAAAGAUUUGCAAAGUAAUAGAAAUCUGUGCUAUUGCAAACCAUCAGCAUGUUUGUCACAUCAAUUUCCAAGAUGCAGACAUCUGUUCACUUUAUGCUUCCAGAAGGAUAUGGUAGCAAUGAUGAUCCUACUGGACCAGGAAUCUAAAGACCUGAGUUCAAAUCCCAUCACAGAAGGCUCAGAAUUUGAAUUUGGGUAAAUAAAUAAAAUUAGUACCAUUAGGGGAAAAAACAUAGUAAUACUGGACUAUCAGAAAAUACGUAUCCGGUGCACUAAUCUUUAACAGACUUCUCACGUUAACUCUGAUCUCUCUCUGCACCUUUUUCUAUGGCUUUGACACUGUAUUCUGCACUCUGUCUACUAUCCUGAUGCACUUUCCAUGGUGAUGAUCUACCUGCCUGUAUAGCACACAAAACAACACUUUUCACUGUAUUUUGGUACAUGGAUGGCAACAGUAAAUCAAACUCAAACUAGCCUUGGUUAGGGAAGGAAAUCUGCCACCCUUACCUAGACUGACUCACCAACAGCAAGGAAGUUCCCUCCAAAACUGCCCUUUGUAAUUCAUAGGCUACUGAAUUGUAGCAAAAUUACAAUAACUCAUGACUUCCCAGCAGUGGGAAUAUCACAGACUGAAGUAGUUCAAGAAGGUGGCUCACCACCACCUUGUCAAAAAUAACAAGGGAUGGAUAAUAAAUGCCAGCUUUAGGUGACACCCUCAGACCAUUUUUUAAAUCCCAUCUGCAUUGAAAGAUGAAAACAGCCCAAUAUGGCACAAUUGGAUUGUGAAGUUAAUGUUUUGAGUCCGGUGACCCUUCCUCAGAACUCUGAGUUCUGAGGAAGGGUCACCAGACCUGAAACGUUAACUCUGUUUUCUCUGACAGCAUCUGUGGAAGACCUGCUGAGCUUUUCCAGCAACUUUUGUUUUUGUUCCUGAUUUAAAACAUCCGCAGUCCUUUUGGUUCUUUCUUAGAUUUGUGAAGUUAAUACAAGUCUGCUAGCUUCCUGUUACAGAAGAAAAGUAUUGCAUUUGGUGAAAAUCUGAAAUAAAAAACAAAGUGCUGGAGAAACUCAGCAGGUCUGGCAACAUCCAUCGAGACAGAAACAGUUAAUGUCUUGAAACCAAAGACUCUGAACUGUUUAGUCUGUUUCUCUCGCCACAGAUGCUACCAGACCUGCCAAGUUUCUCCAGCAUUUCCUGUUUUCAUUUCUGAUGUCUCCUCUCCUCGCUUGGUUACUUCUAAAUAUUUUGGGGGCAACUUGCCUUGAGAAUUGUAAAUUGUGUUUACCCAAUUGAUUAUCCGCAGAAAUCAUAAGUGUUCAAAACCCACUCCCAACCAAAGAAAAAUGGAGUGUUCUGUUUUUGAAAUAAGGAGGGGCAGGAAAGGGAACUUUGCCACAGUGUGUAUCAAUGGCAACUGAUUUGCACUCUUUGAUAAAGUUAACUUGCAGAGGUGAGUGUUUCUAAAACAUAACUGCAUCAUGGAAUCUACAUUUGCCAUUUUUAAAAAUGCCCUCUCCCAAGUAAUGUGACCACUGAAUGUUUUAAAAGGUUUCCUUUGGCAAGGUCUUUAAUUUUUUUUUUAAAAGAAGCAUUUCAGUAAUUUCAUUCUUUCUUUUACUUCACUGUCGGGGAAAUAUAUAGCGUAUUUUCUUCACUGGGUGCUAUCUCUAGAAAAUGAAAACAGCACCUGAUUUCCUCUAAAAUUUCUUGACUUCUCUUCACCCCCUCAUCCAGUGGAAUUUCAAAAGCAGACUCCAGAGAGUGACUGACUAAUGGUACAUAAUUUUCAAUCCAUGGUGCAAUUACAAUAUUCACCACUCCAUUGUGAAAGAUGCCAAAUAUUACUAUGUUGGCUCGUAUUUAUUUAUUUAUUUGUUUUUAAAUUAGUUCAUUUAUUUGUAUAAAGCUCUUGAACACUGAAGUUGAAUGUUGUGAAAGUAGAUUCUACCCAAUUCAGUUCAAUUCACGUCCAGCCAACCUCAGCUAUGGCUUUUAUUAUCAAAUGGGCAAAAUGUGUAUAUUUUCACUACAUUAACUGAAUUUCAAUCUUCUACUGCUGUAAAUCUGUUAUCAACAUUGUUUGGGCAUGUUUAAAACGGUUCUAAAAUGACAGUUCCCCUGCAAAGUACUUUUUCCAUAAACUCUUAACAGAUUAAGUGAGGAUCAGUUCUGAGGAAAUGUAACACCACCAACUGUGGUGUGUCUCAGGAUAAGAGGUUAAAACCUGAUCUGUCCCAUUGGGUGGGACAAAAUAUGGCCAUUACAUUAUUGGAAGAACAGGGAAGUUUUCUUCUGUGCCUACGAGCUUAUUAUCAACCAACAUCCAUUUUAAGGACAGAUGACCUAGCUAUAUUUCAUAUUGUUGUUUGCAAGAGCUUGCUACAUGCAAAUUCAUGCAGUUGUGUUUUCUAUGUUUACAAUAAAGUAAUUCAUUGACUGUGAGGCAUUUUGGGCAUGUGUUGAGGUCAUGACAGUGCUUUAGAAAUGUGAGUACUUUCUUUAACUACCAGUUUAUUGCUUAUUAUUAUUUUAUUAAUAUGAUCAAGUUCACAAGGGCAUAUGAGUGCCAGGACCUUCAUUUAUUAUCAUCUGUCACUUUUUUUAUUAAACAAUGACAUUUUUAGGUGUAUGAAAACAUCAUAGCUUACAGAAGUGAUUCUGAGAUGCCAGAAAUACUUGGUUCCUGCUUUCUUGAUUUAAGUUCUUCAAUCUUUUUUUUUUCCUCCCUGUACCCCAUUUUGUCAAACCCCAUCUCUAGUUUUCCCCAGAAGACGUUGAGAACAAUAAAUGUGUCGGUCUUGAACAAAUAUAGCCAAAGCAUUUUUUUUUUGUAACCACUGUGCCCAAAAUAGAAGGAUGCACAGUAUUGCAGCAUUGCAACCUUGGCUAAUUUUUACUUGAUUGCACUUAAAUGGGAAUUAUAAACACUCCAAAUGUUUCCCUAUUUAAUAUCAAGGCUUGAGUCAGGGACAUUUGUGACCCAUAUCACUGCAAUACAACGUAUGAUGCAUUUCCUUAUGGUAUGUAAAGCCACAGCAAUAUGCCAUUUGGGUCCAAGAAAUCAACAUCAGUGAUUAUGUUCCUCCCCAUCUAAAGAGGCAGAAAUUGCAUAAGAGUUUUGUUUAAUCAAAUUAAACAUAAACAACAAUACCAUAGACUAAGUUUUUAUUUCUUGAAGGCACCACCACUUGUUCCCAGUGGUAAUUAUAGGAUUCACUGAAAAUAGUGAACAAUAUUUGUUUACUUCAUUAAAAUGAAGGCAUUUGGUCUACUGUAUCUGUGCUUGCUUUUUACUAAAACAAUUCAAAACUAAUCACUUUGCUUCUUUCUCCUGAAAGUCCUGGAUUUUUGUCUGCUUAUGGCACGAUGCAGUUUUGCUUAAAAGAUCUAAUCAUCUCAACCUCAAUCUCUUCUGCCCUCUUAAUUUCUUAAUUGGUAAUUUAAAUAGAUGACUCAUUGUCAAUGAUUACUCAUCCAACAGAAAUGUUUUUCUUCUCUCCUGGAGCCUACAUAAACGUUUCAAAAUUUUACAACAUCUUGUAUAUUGAAAAGUCAACAUGCACUGAAGAUUUACCGACUGCUCUAAUGACGAGGUGUGAUUGAAAGAUUUUAGUGACAGUCUGUCAUCUAUUCCUGUACACAGUACUAUAAUUAAUUGUCUUACUGUUGGGUGACCAGUGGAAGUCAAGGAGCACCCCAGAGUCAGACUUGAUGUAACCAGAAAAGAUUUGAAACUUCAUUCUUUGUUCCUAAUUGCUUAUUAACAUUGAGUGCUGUUGUUUAAUUCAUGGCAGACAGUCAAGGUUGAGGUGAUAAAUGCUGCAUUUAAUAGGCCAAAUACUUGUUGCAACUUUUAAAAUAUUACAUGGAAACUAUGACACUAAUAUGUCCUCUGAGUUGUUGAAGAUGCAUCGCGAGAUACAUACCUUGGUUCUUUUGCUUUUUUUUUCUUCCCAACCUAUUCUCAAGUAUGAGACAUUUCAGGAUGGAUAAUACAAAAUUAAGUUUCAAAAUGAAGACCAAAGACUCCAAAUCCAAAAGUGUGCCAUUCAUUUUCAUCAAACAAAGUUUCUCAUUGAGGUGAGCGAUCCUAGAUCCGAAAAUUUAAAGUCAAUGCUGCUGCAGUGGAGAAGAUCCUGAAUAGUCUCCAAAAAGUGGAUGUAGAAAAGAUGUUUAGUUUUCUGGGUCAGUCAAGAACUGGGUGCGGGGGAAUGCUGUGUUAAAAUUAGGAUCAUCUUUUUAGGAUAGAGACGAGAAUGAUUUCCUUUCAAAGGAUUAUGCAACUUUGGAUCUGCCUGAGAAGGCAUUAAAGUGAGGUGUUGUUGAAUAUUUUUAAGAUGGAGGUAAUAGAUUCUUCUUGGGCAAGGGAAUCAAAGAAUAUUAGAGAAAGAUGGAAAUGCGCAAUUCGUAACUCAAACAGAUCAGCCAAGAUCUUAUUGAAGGAUGAAGCAGGCUUAAGGAGCCAAAUGGUCUAUUGCUCCUGUUUUGUAUGUUCACAAUAUAAGCUAGUUGUUACUCAUGCAGCAUUUUCAAAGGGAAUAGUCAGAUCAAGUGUAGGACUACAAUAUGUCCAUUCCUGCCAUUUCAACUAUAAGAUAAUACAGUAAUUGGUGUUCCAGUGAAGUUACUCAGGCUGAUAACUGGAAGACAUGUUUUACUUUAGCAAUUGCACUUGGCAUGGACCCUUUCUGUUGCAUGAACUUGAAAAGGGUGAUAAAUGAAGGGACAAAAAAAUCAGACUAAUGCAAAUGAGCAGUGUGUAAAAACAGCUGAAUAUUUUGGGAAGGAUAAACAAUAUUUCAUGAAGUGUUCAUGAGACCAUAAUACUGAACAACGAUGUGAUGCUGUUUAAUGAUGUGAUUUGAGUCAAGUGUCCUCUGGUCCAAAUCAAUGCCAAGAAUGUUUGUUAUUUAUUAAUUGAAUUGCCAAUUUUCAUCUGAAAUAAAAUCCUGACUGUGCUGAUAAUUCACACUGAA